GCCCGGUGCGGUUCCAGUGCCCCCCCGAGUUCGAGGCCGCGCCCCCCCCGGGCCCCUCCUUGGCCGGGGCCGCCCCCGAGCUGUGGCUGAUCCGGGCCCCCCCCGACUUCCACCCGGAGAGCCUGGAGGGAUGCUCCGUGCCCCUGGACCACUCCGUGCAGCUCCAGCCCCUGCCGCACGGGGGCGCUGCUGAGGACGACGGCGCCCAUUGCGUCUAUGGGGCGCGGGGGGCGCCGGGGGGGGCCGGGGGUCUCCUCCUCCUGUCCCCCAUGGCCCCAAGCGGCUCCUUGGGCUGCGCCCCCCCCCUCCGCGGGGUCCUCUCCAUCACCCGCAGCUUCGGGACCCCCCCGGAGCCCCCCCAGACCCGGAGGAAGAAGAAGAAGAAGAGGAAGAAGGAGGCGAUGGAGGAGCCCCCCGAGGGGAGCCCCCCGGUGGGCACGAGGGGGAAGCACAAGGAGGAGGCAAUGGGGUGACCCCCAUGGCCCCAUAGCCCCCAUUGCCCCAUAGCCCCCAUUACC